GAUAAUAUGGGUGGGUGGAAGCAGUUUCAACAACCAAUCACUGCUUGAAUUCAUCAACGCCCUAAAAUGUAGAAAGCUGGUUGGCUGCGCUUAAAGAAAUACAUAUAUAGAGAUAACUGAAUAAAAAUAUAAUUUAAACACGUUUUUUUUUAGGUCGAGUCAACUGGGAAACUACGAGGGAGAGGGUAUCUUAGCUUUGUAGGCCGGAGAACACAGUCAUGAACACUCAAUGGCGGGUGGCAGUUUCCAUGGUAACUGGCAACCAGGCAACAGAAAACAUGGAGUUCCUACAGUGGAGUUGUAAUGAUGUUGCAAGAUGGAUUGAAGCCAUGGGAUUUCCACAAUAUGCAGCAUGUUUCUCAGAGAACUGCAUUACUGGAAGGAAGCUCAUCUUGGUGGACUGCGCGAUCUUGCCCAAACUUGGCAUCACUGACUUUAAAGACAUGCAGGCAAUUUCUGCUAAUGUGCGUGAGCUGCUCGGGAUCACAGGGACCCCGCGGAGUCGAAGCAUUGCCGACCCUCGACGGGACCACAUGGGUCUGUACUUGGAGAGGAAGAGCAAGACAGGUGAACAAACAGACCGGCUAACCUUUCAGCAGUACCGGGAUGACGCAUCUCCGUCUGAGCUCAAUACGAAUUGACAGCAGUCGCAUA